CAGCCUCACCCGACGACCCUCAACCUUUUAGGAACAUCUCCCAGUUGUAUUCUGGACUCGGUGUGCGUCAUAAGCAAGGGAUGUUAGCAUAAAACUGAUGAGCUCAGCUGCUCGUACUCCGGGCGUGAUACCUCAUUCAGGACUGGUGGUUUCCCACAACAACAAAUACGUCUCCUUGUACGUCCUCCUCGCUGGGAUCAUCGGUGGCCUUCUCCUCAUCCUUUCUCUAUUUCUCUUCUGCAAAUACUGCCGGGGAAAAUCGCAGGGAGCCGAGGGGGUGGGUGUGCCUACUGGCGACAGCUGGGUUUUAAGAGAAGCUUCCUUCAGUCUUGAACGUCCUGAGGAUGAAGAUUCUAUCAGAGACCGAGAAGAGACUGAGGUCCGGAGGGGGUCGUGGAGCAGUGAUAGAAGCAAGUUUCAGCUGGAGGGUUCUCCAAGACCAGCGGACGCAAAUCGAGGCAUCCUUGAGGAAGUGUCAAGAAACGUUCCCAGCUCUUCCAGAUUAGUGGACGACCACGUAAAGACAAAUAUAUUUCUUCACAGGCAGAAAUCGUUCCAAAACAAUGACUCUUCUCCCAUCACAUGCUUCGUCGAGCCAACAUCAGAGGCAGUAGAAUGCGAAGUGGCAGUAGAAAUCCACCCAGGACCAAGUAUUAAAACGACGACGACGACCAAAAGCGGUCCUCCUCCUCUUCUAAGACAUGCAAGCGUUACUAGUCUAUGCUCCAACAAAGGAUGGGAGAAUGCAGAAGAGGGAGAAGCGGAACAAAGAGGGUCCUGGAGGGCCUCCAGUACGGACUGGACAAAACUGGAGACUAGCCUUGAUUACUGGAGGCAGGAACACUUCAAGGCUCAAAAGGAAGACCACACCAACUCCAGCAAAGUUAGAUACAACGAUACAGGCAGUUUGGAAGAGGUUAGCGUCGACAACUGUGUAGACUAUUUUGUAGAAGAUGAAAUCAUGGUUCAUCUAGAAGCAGAGCGAGAGCACAUGAGACAACAAUAUCGGAGACUUUGGCAGUUGAGAGCAACUCUGGAAGAAGAUGAAAAGCCAAAUGUGAAGCAACAUACUCAGACAGCCGCUACCCAGCCCUCUACUCCGGCCCCUGGACCUAGCUCUCCUGACCAGUCACCAGAAGCAGAGGCUCUCGCAAGUCACACGACGUCCUUCGAGUCGAACACAGAACCUCUUCUGGAGGAGGGGAGUGCUCGACUCCCGCCGCACCUUCUGCAACUGCCAUCCUACGAGACCAGGAGGCAGAACUACCGCAACAUUCUCAACUGGAGACUUCGGAAGAUGGAGGCAAGAAAUGCCCGGAGACACUGCGGAAGACAAACCUCCUUGGAGGACACAAGCUUUGACUCAAUGGACACUGUGGAUACCGUGGACACCGAAGAGUCAUCCACUGACGCUAGCCGGAUUGACCAGGCUACAACCAGUUUCGAGAGCACCACGGACAACACUGAUAGCCCGAGUGAGCAGCAAGUGCACAGAUUGCAGCAUCUGAGGGCAGACAGCGGGUAUCGUAGUUUGGAGAAUCCAGCACCCAACACGCUCAAACUCCUCUACCCUCAGCAGCAUGUAACGAGCAGUGAGGACCCUCACGCCCUCAGCCAUCGCAUACCAUCCCUUGGAGACAGCUUCGAGAACGUAUCUGAGGCCGAGGAGGGCAUCUCUGUCAUCGACAUCGAUAUUGAAGGAUGUUCGAGCCAGCACACCACGGAGGAAGUAGACGAGGGUGUAGGAGGACUGGGAUCACCUCCAACUUCCAUCUAUGAGAGUCCUCCCUGGGAAGGUCGUAGAAAACCUGGGGGUCAGCCUACCUCUAAGAAGAGAAGAGAUCUGAGUGGCAGCACGUGUCCACCUUCAGUGACCUCCACCGCGACGGUUCGUACCGAGUACACCAGGGACUAUUCUGUUGACGAAAAAUCGGACGCUUUGUUCCGUGAGUUCAGCAGGUGCGAUUUGGACAGUAAGAGACAACAUCGGCUUACUGCGUACAGGAGACUUCUGGGGCCUUACCCAUACCCCAAGUUGAGUGAGCCCCCGAGUGAUGACGUCACUCUUGCCUCUGUUCCUAUCAUCAGAGUCGCCGACGAGGAGUCUUCUGACCAGGUCUAACCCAGGUUCAGCGGGCGGGCCGUCGUAUGUUUUCUGUUUCUAAACGGACGUUGUUGUGUCUCACAGUUUGUAUCGUUUGAAACACAUUAUGUUUCAGUUACAAUGUUAUACAGGUGUCAUUUUGUAUUUUUUAGAUCUUUUCGAUGUUGGAUCGUUGUUUACGUGGAUCUUUGUCUAUGUCGCACAGGAGGUCACCAUAUCACUGCGUGAGUGGAUCAGUGCCUCAUAUUUGUUUAAAGAAGUUCUGAGUGUUAAAAGUCAUUGGAGCACUGGACAUUCGCUCGUUAAAGUCUUUGUGAUAUUUUACUAGUAAUGAUGAGCUUCGUGACUCAGUCAAAAUAUGAAGCCUAUAAAAAUGUCCUUAAACAUAUACACUAUUCAAACGAGUAUUCAUUCCCAUUGAUCAUUGAUGGUUAUAUGAGCGACUGAUGCUUAAGCAUAAAAUACAAGUGCCCAUAACAAACAAGUUUUCCCGUCCAAAUUUAUAACAAUUUAAGUAAAUUUUGAACGUAGAAAGUGUUUUCUAUUCGAGAUACCAAAACAUUAGUUACCUAAUCUGAUUGGAAAAUUAAUUGAGUUUGGUUGAAUUUAUCACUAUAAACUUCCAAUUUUCAAAUCAACUUUAUUUAAACUAACUUUAAUGUAGAUUCUUUAGGUCGGGGAAGAUUACGAACACUUUUGGAUAAUUUUUUAAGUACAGUUAACAUAGAAUAAUGCAGUUUAGUUUGGAUUGGCCGAAAGAUGGGUAUACAUGUUCUAAAAUUUUUUUAUUGGUGGAAAGUGUGCUGUAUUGUAAUAAAAUAUGUUGCUUGCUCAAAAUAUCAUACCCUUUAUAGUAGGCCUACUUUAGAAAAGAUAUUCAUGAAAACCAUAUUUUUUUGUGAAUCAAAAAUUCAUCGUAGACAAUAAGUUACCAUUGUUGAUUGCAAAAUUCAGUCAUUCCAUUUUCAAACCUCAUGUCGAACGAUUUACCAUCGUUACACAAAUCAUGUUUGGGUUUUCCUACCAAUCUUAAUACCAUAUCGAAUGUAUAAUUUGAUACUGCUAUUCGCACAUUGAAUAAUGUGACUUUUGUUGAUACUUUUAUAUAAUAUAGUCUAGUUUGAUUUGACGAUACUACUUAACUUCAACAGUGUAAAUAAAUAUUAUAGACCAAUUAGAAAAGCAAUCCUUGUUUGUGUUAAGUUGAUCGUAUAGUAUAAAAUGGUUGAUCGUAAUAUCACUUUUCCAACGAUAUCUUUAAAUUAUUAACUACAUAAUCGAUAGUAACGCCACAGUUAAUUGGUUGUUAAUACCUAUUUAUUAACACACAUGUGUCCAGUAGAACUAAUGUUAAGGCAGAGAGAAUAGAAUGGGUAUAUAAACUCUGUGCUGUGAUAUAAACAUUUUAAUAACCCAUCGCAAAUAUUUGUAAAAUGGUUGAGAACACACCACACGAACUCCAGAGUAUCAUGUUUCUUGCACAAGAACUUUCUAUAAAACUCUGUCACUCGUAAAAAUUAAAGUGCUUGUAUUGAAAUUUGAUCCAAAGCUUUAGUUAAGUACGUUUGGAGUUUCCGAACCAAAACGAUCAAUUCUCAAUGAAUAUUGUGAAAUUCUGACCAAUGUAAUUUUACAAAGGCUACAAAAAGAGUGACUCAAAUUAUAGAAAGCCUCUUAAAACGCUAUUUUAUAAAUGCUGUAACUUGAUCAUGUCGAAACCUGCUUUCAGUAUUUGCCAAAAAAUGUGUCGAUUCAUAUUACUAAAUUAUAACACUGUUAUUUAAUUGAACAUUUUUUAUACAAUUCUCUUUGUAGAUAGUUCGGAUGAGAAGGAAUUAGCCUAAGUAAAGUCAAGAAUAAUACAUUUUGUAAAAUCACGAAACUAAGAUUGGCUUUCCUAUUUAUAUUGGUAAGCAAAGUGAAAUAAGUAUUAACAUAAUUUUCUUUCGUUUGUUUCAAUUGAGUAAUUAAGGAAAUUAAAGCUUUUUAAACAUCGUUAUGUUAUAAGAUAGUAUUUUGAAAUCUAUAUCGUAAUUUUAAAUUAGAUUAUCACAGAUGAAUUAUGUUAUGGAGUGUCUCCAAUGAUUAAUUCUCCAAUGUAGUUAAUUCUUUUUAUAUUUAAUUAAUUAUUUCUACCAAAUAGGACCUGUGGAUUUAUUAGAUACAUGAAAUGAUAUCUAAUUUGUUUUCAAUCAAUAUGCAAAACUAAAAAAAAGGCUCAGGUAUUAAACUUUUUUGGGGAGAGCUUAUGCCAUCACUAAGGUCAUUUUGCAUUGGUUAUUUAAGAUUUGAAAUGGUGGAUAUGUCAUCCACAUAACAGAAUCUUAUGUGAAGUUCCACAUAACAGACUAUAUUAAUAUGUUUUAGAUUUUAAAUUGCCCUGAAAAAAUUACCGUACUGAUUUGUUUUUAAAUGUACAAUUUUACUGAAAAAUAAGUAGUUAUUAUGUCAAAUAAAAUCCCAACUCUAAGUCACCACUAUUUAAGUAAACGAAUUAAUACAAAGUAACUUGUCUCUAUUUUACAGGAAUAUCAACUAUCAUUAUAUAUUUUCCUUACAUAUAACUCCAGAUAUUUCUAUAGAAUAUUGCUAUACUAUAUUAUGUAGUUUAUCGCUUAAGGUUUUUUUAAUAAGCAGUUGACUACUUGUAUGGUAUAAGAGGGUCAAAGUUAGAAGUAGUUGAACAUAUGGGGCACAAAAGAAUAAAAUAUAGUUCUGUCACAAAAUGUAACCCAGACAUGUUAUCUGAGGUCACUUAUUUAUACAAAUUGGUUAAAUUUUAAUUUUAAUACUCAACUGCUUAUUUUUAAUAGUCGUAAUAUUUACUUUCUACUUUUUAGAGGGUUUUUCUGUAAUUUCUUACAAUAGAGCACAAAAUCUACAGUUUUUUAUGGUUAUUUGUCUGUGUUACUUUAAAAUUGGACGAUAAAUAUGACAUUGAAAAUUAUCAUGAGCUCAUAGAAUAUUUUCCCAUUCAAUACUACAUUCUAUAAUUGAUUAUUUAUUAUUGCUAUCGAAAACGUUAUGGAAAUUGCAUGAGUUGCUAAAACCAAAGAAGGACUCGUUUAACCCAGCCUAAGUACCCACAUUCAAAAUAUUUUAAUAAUUUGAUAAUUUUUUUGUACUUUAAAGAAAAAUAUGAACACACACAAUAUCUUUACUUGAUAUAAAUAACCCACGAACACUAGAAAAGACCCGGUAUGGAUCUUAAGCAUAAACAAAUGACUUUGUUGGCCCGAAUCCUAUACUAAUAGCAUUAACAUAUGUUUUGGCAGUUCCAUUUAAGCAAUGCAAAUUGUGCAAUUUAAGCAAAUUGUGUUUAUUUACGGGCCAAAAACGUCUAUUGUUUAUGUUUAUGAUCCAUACCGGUAUUUUUCUAGUAUUCGUGUUAAUAACCACACGCAAUCUCUUAAACCUUCGCAAAAACACAAAAUCUUUUUCCAUAUAAUCGAUUGCCUAAAAAUAACCAAAGUUUGUGUAGGUGUAAAUUUAUUUUGAUGCUUAUCUAAGUGACAUCCUUUACAAACUAUUGGUAGAGAAAAAUAGUUCAGAAGUUUCCUCAAUAGAAAUCUUGAAUGAAAGCAGUGCUUCAAAAGUACUGAAAUAUUGUAUAUAAAGUACUAAAAUUAUCAAUACUUUUGAUUAUUGUGUAUUAUAAAUGUUAUUUCUGGAUCUAAUCCCAGUUCUCAACGAAACACCUUAUCUUUAUAAUGCCUUGUAAAACCUAAUAUUCGUAGCUAUUGGAAAAUAGUUCAAUGCGAAAUCAAACCCAGAAUUGAACCAAGAAUACAUUUAACAUAUAGGUUGAUAGUUUAAAAAUGUUAUUUUGGAAUUAAAUCUAAUUUAAAAAAACUAAACAUUGCUUAAAUAAAUGAAUUACUAUAUAAAAAAACUUUUGUUCUGUUUAGCUAAUCCUUUGUUAUAGGAGAUAGGUCGUAUGUCAAGGAGCUAUGAGGGUUUUUAGUUCCCUUUAUUUAUAUUUAACUUGGUUGUCUGCACUUGGUCUUCUCAUGAGAGUUGUAUUGUUACUGGCAUUAUUUACUUUAGGAAAUGUUCUUUUCCUAAGAUACAUUUAGCUUUAAAAUAUUUCAAACUAUUUUUAUUACAAAAUGUACUAAAAAUAAAACAAAAUAUUUAGAUCUCA